GAGACAUCUGUGACUGUGUUGACAGCCCUAUCAGCUACUCUUUAGACUUUCCUCCUGCAAAUCACACCCUAUUACCUCCACCAUGGCCGAAGCCACCGCCGCCGAUGGCCAGAUGAAGGACCUAAAGAUCUCUGAGACCAAGAAGAGCAAGAAGGAUGGCGCUCCCAAGACAGCUGCCAAGAAGCCUCAGCAGCAGAAGAAGAAGAUCGAGGGCGCUGCGCUCAUUGGUAUCGAUGUCUCAAAGGAGGAUGAUCUUGGUGAGUGGUACCAGCAGGUCAUCACCAAGGGACAGAUGAUCUCAUACUACGAUGUCGCUGGAUGCUACAUCCUCGAGCCCGCAUCCUACGCCAUCUGGGAGUCGAUCAAAGCUUGGUUCGACAGCCAGAUCAAGACCUUGAAGGUUCGCAACGCAUACUUCCCCAUCUUCAUCAGCGCAGACAACCUCGAGAGGGAAAAGGAGCACGUUGAAGGUUUCGCCGCCGAGGUCGCGUGGGUGACAAAGGGUGGAAAGUCUGAUCUUGAGAAGCCCGUUGCCGUUCGCCCUACCUCCGAGACCGCAAUGUACCCCUACUUUGCACGAAAGAUCCAGUCGCAUCGUGAUCUUCCUCUGAAGCUGAACCAGUGGAACAACGUUGUACGAUGGGAGUUCAAGCACCCCAUGCCCUUCAUUCGGUCUCGUGAGUUCCUAUGGCAGGAAGGUCACACUGCGCAUUUGACCCAGGAGGCUGCUGGCGAAGAAGUUAUGCAGAUCCUUGAGUGGUACUCUCAGGUCUAUCAGGAUCUGCUCGCUGUCCCCGUUGUAAAGGGUACCAAGACUGUCAAUGAGAAGUUCCCCGGAGCUGACUACACAACAACAAUCGAGGGUUUCAUCCCUGCCACUGGCCGUGGUAUCCAGGCCGCCACAUCUCACUGCCUCGGACAGCACUUUUCGAAGAUGUUCAACAUCACCGUUGAGGACCCCAACCCCAAGGAGGGCGGCAAAGCAGAGCACGUCCACGUCUGGCAGAACUCGUGGGGUUUGACCACCCGUUCCAUCGGUGUCAUGAUCCUGACCCACGGUGACAAUCGCGGUAUGGUCAUUCCUCCCCGUGUCGCUGAGAUUCAGGUCAUCCUGAUUCCUGUCGGUGUCAAUGCUAAGAUGUCUGCUGAGGCCAAGGAGGAAUUGUACAGCAAGGUCAAGAGCAUUCAGGAUAGCCUGACCGAGGCUGGUGUGCGUGUCGAGUCUGAUUACCGUGAGGGUUACUCCCCCGGGUGGAAGUUCAACGACUGGGAACUCAAGGGUAUCCCUCUCCGCAUUGAGUUCGGUCCCAAGGAUGCUGAGAAGGGUGUUGUCACCACCUCUCGCCGCGACAUUGACGACAAGGAUGCCGCACGUGGUACCAUCAACGUCGAUGACGUCGCUAAGGAGGUCCCCAAGCUGCUCGAGCAGAUUCAGGCUGACAUGUUCGCUAAGGCUGACAAGGCCUACCGCGAUCACCGUGUCCAGCUCACCAACUGGGACGACUUUGUCCCCACACUUAACGGCAAGAACGUCGUUCUUGUUCCCCACUGCGAAGGCGACAAGUGCGAAGACGAGGUCAAGGCCAAGAGUGCAAAGACAGCGCUUGGUGAUGGUGUUGCGGAAGACAAGCAGGCUCCUGCUAUGGGUGCUAAGAGCUUGUGCAUUCCUUUCGACCAGCCUGAGGGCAUCGAGCCUGGCAAGACAAAGUGCAUCAAUCCUGACUGCACAAAUCCUGCUAAGGCCUGGGUCCUGUUCGGAAGGAGUUAUUAGAGAGAGUUGGGGGUUAGGUGUUUGCUGUUAGCAUUGAGCAUUUGGUGGCUAGGUAUUUGAUGGGGUGUUUGCACGGUAUGGAGUCGAGAUACCGUUGCCACGAUGAUUGUUCCAUGCAUGUUCGAUAAGAUAUCAAAAAU